UCUUCACCCCGGAGGUACAGCCUCAGAAGCGUCUACGACAUUUCCUUCCCUCUCAAAAGAACUUUUCCAACGGGGAACAAACCCAGUUUUCCUUCCUCCCCCUCCUAACAUCAAACACGCAAAAUCUGCAACACGACCAGACUUAAAACCCGAAAUGUCUCCUCCGUCUAGAAGAUUGCAGACCAAACCUGUAAUAACAUGUCUAAAGACAUUUCUGAUUUCUUACAGCCUUAUAUUUUGGUUCACAGGGGUGAUCCUGUUAGCAGUGGGGGUCUGGGGGAAGGUUAGUCUGGAGUCCUAUCUCUUGCUAACCUCAGACAUAAGCACCAAUGCGCCAUAUGUCCUUAUUGGCACCGGUGCAAUCAUCGUCAUUUUUGGCCUGUUUGGGUGUUUUGCCACCUGCCGUGGUAGUCCAUGGAUGCUGAAACUGUAUGCUAUGUUUCUGUUUCUGGUGUUCUUGGCUGAACUUGUGGCAGGCAUUUCUGGCUUUGUUUUCAGACAUGAGAUCAAAGCAGUACUUAAAGACGUAUACUGGAAGGCUGAAAAUAAUUACAAUACUACAGAUGGCAGAAACCAAGCAGUGGAUUCCAUGCAGGGAUCUCUGAAGUGUUGUGGCGUAUACAACUACACCAGUUGGGGACAGACAGAGUACUUCAAGCAACAUGGCAUACCAACAAGCUGCUGUAUGCCACUGGCUAAUUGUACCUCUGAAAAUCUAAAAGAUCUCAAGCUGGCUCAAACUGUGGUAUACCAGCAGGGCUGCUUCUCUCUGGUGACUACUGCAAUGGAGUCUAAUUUGGGGAUCAUUGCUGGAAUAUCUUUUGGAAUAGCAUUUUUCCAGCUGAUUGGUGUAUUCCUGGCUUGCUGCUUGUCACGCUACAUCACCAACAACCAGUAUGAAAUGGUUUAGUCAUUUCAGGGUGGAAAAAUGAGGUCUUCUGUAAUAUACAACACAAAGGGAAGCCAUGUAGUUUUAGAUUUCUUUCAUUUUAGAAAAUCCUCCAGCUACCAUUUUAUAAAAGUGUUCGUCCAUGGCAACUAGAUUGAAGGGAAUGAAUUCAAUUUGCUAUAUAUGGGAUCCAGUGUUUUCACAGUUCAUCUUGAAGCAAUUAUGUGCCUUUUGUAGUUUGUAAAUGAAAAUUCUGUAAAGGAUUUACUCAAAGUUUGUGCAGGUUUUAGCCAGCGUGAAACUUGUGAAAUUGGUGGCAUAUACACUGACUGACUUGCCUUUGUUAGUUGGUCCUAAUACUAUACAUUUAUCAGUUUAGUAAAUUACAGGUUGUAUCUGUGAACAGUCGGUCAAAUUAUUUUGAGUGGAAACAAACUAGGGUUAUGUUGAUAUGAGGUGGCAUUGUAUAUUCAAGCAUUAUUUAAUGUAAUAUUGCGUUAACAAAUGAACUUCAGAUCCUUCUUUAUGGGUCAACAUUUAAUAAUGAAUUUGAGGUUCACUUACACAGUGAUUUAUCUUAAUGAGCGUCAGUGUAUUAUAAAUAUAUGCUUUUGUUGAUAAUGUGGCUUCAUGGGGAGUUAAAUAAAAUAAUGUUUAGUUAAUGCACAUUCCUAUAAACACAUCAACUGAGGGCACAUCUGCCCUGAUAGAGUGCUUAAAGAAUGUAAUUCCUUUUUGUGAAACACUGGCAUUUCCAAGCCUGCCGGAGUGACAUGUAACGUGAUCGCCAUUAUCUUGUAUGCCUAAGUUAACAUUUUUAAAGCAUGUAGUGUCUGUAUUUUUCUCUAGCAGUGUUAAUAACUUGCUUUGAGUUGUGUGAACAUCAAAAUUAAUAAACAAUCGUGUUAUUCUA